UUGGCAACAAACCACACAACAGGAGGAAGUGAGGGCUUGACGCUUGUAACAUUGUGGUGAUAGCUUACUCUCGUUUAUUAACAAAUUCCCCGUUUCCAUUAUUUUUUUAUUUAUUUUUUUCGAUUAAAAAAUAAAUUCAGACUCCAAUGGUCAGCAUGGAAUAGUCAAAGGAACAGUUUUCUCUGACUGCAGGGUUGUUGUUUUUUUUCCUUGGGCCCUUCAGGGCCCAGGAAGAGGAUGCAUCGUGUGGACAAAGAGUUGCAGACAUCAGCUCACAAGAUGAGUACAUCCUUGCUUUUCCAGCUGUCGGCUCAUGAGAGAGAGCUGGAUUUGGUGUUUCUAGACCACAGCUAUGCCAAACCGUGGAAUGCUCACCCAGAUGCCAGCAGCGCACGCCCCACACGGACGCUUUUUGUUGCCCCCCGUCGCCAGCCUGAGCCAUCAUUAGACUCUGAUUCCCUGAUAGAUGUGGAGACGGUCACACCCUCCCCAGUUCCUUUGUAUGAUAACCAUAAAGCUCUUGGUGUGAUGAAGGAGUGCGAGCGACAUGUUCUGUUUGCUCGAACAGUUGCUGAGAGCCCCCCACCCCCAGAUGACUGGGAGGAACAUAUAAACAAGACAGGAUGGUCGGUGGCACAAAACAAAUUGUUUAAUAAAGUCCUGAAAGCUCUACAAGCUGAGAGAUUAGCACGUCUCGCCAAUGAAGAUGCUUCCAAUGAACCCAUUUUAAGAAGGAUUGCUGUGGACAAGUGUGCCAGGAAAGUUCGACAAGCACUCGCCAGUAUGAACUGGGACACCAAACUGACACAGUGGUUACACACCACUCUGAUCGAAUCUUUAAGCUUGCCGAUGCUCGCUGCCUACCUUGAUGUGUUGCAGACUCUCAAAACCAAGCUGCCAUCGUUGAUAGACAGAAUGUUACUUCCGACUGCAAAAACUGGAGCUCCAAGUGCAGAGGCUCUGUCGCUGCUACUGAAACGUCCAUGGGAUCCGGCUGUCGGGGUUCUCUCUCAAAACAAACCGAGUAAGCUUCCAGGAUCUCCUCUCAUCCUUAUUGCCCCGUCAACCCCAUCCAAUCCGGCUCUUGCCACAACACGGCGGAUGAGGUUCUGGCAGUCCCAGCUCUCCUGCUUGGGAAAGGUGAUCCCAGUGCACACUCACGUAAACAGUGGAGCCAGUAUUAGCAUCACUCAGUGUUUGGAGCACAUGCUUGGGACUGUAAGGGCAAAGGUCAUGGAGGUUCACAGUCACUUCCCCCACAAGCCCAUCGUGCUGGUUGGCUGGAACGCCGGCGCUCUCAUUGCUUGUCAUGUUUCUCUGAUGGAAUAUCUGACUGCUGUGGUUUGUCUGGGAUUUCCACUGAUAACAGUCAAUGGACUUAGAGGGGAUGUGGACGACCCACUGCUGGACAUGAAGACUCCUGUGUUGUUUGUGAUCGGGCAGCAUGCUCUGCAGUGUAACGCAGAAAGCAUGGAGGAGUUUAGAGAGAAGCUGAGGGCAGACAACAGCAUGGUGGUGGUGGGAGGAGCAGAUGACAACCUCAGAAUCAAUUCAGCAAAAAUGAAGUCUGAAGGUCUUACACAAACCAUAGUGGACCGCUGCAUUCAGGAUGAGAUAGCCGACUUCCUCUCCGGUGUUCUUACCCGGUCAGAAGGUCAUGGACAUGGAACAGGAGAGAUGAGGGACUUGGAUACAGAGAAGAAGAAGCGGCCCAGGCGGGAGCUGCCUUUUGACAUGGAGAGAGGCCGACCUUCCUCCCCGGCGCUUCGAGUUCCCAUUUCCCCUUCGGGUUCUGAGGAUCUGUCUAGUGUCUGCAGCAGCCCCACGUCAAGUCCCAAACCCAAGAGUUCUGGAUUGUCUCCAGCACAGAAGUCCAGUCUGAUCACAGCCACACAGCUCCUGAAGACCCACAUGCAGCGCUCGGGCACAGUACUCUCUCACAAGCAGGCUCAAGCUCAGUUUGCUGCUUUUAUGAAACAAAACAUGCUUGUGAGGAAAAAUCUUCCUCCGGGCACCCCUCCUUGUAUUUUUGUGCCUGUAACCAGUGAUCAGAUGGAGAGCUUGGACCGAGACGACCUGCGGACACAUGGAAAGAGGAGACAGACGCCCAGCCCCACACUGAGCAAAGCGUCCAAGAGAGCGAAGAUUAAGGUCACCAUUGUUUCCCAAAGUGACUCAGCAGGAGGCAACAGCAACCCUGCUGAAGCGGGUGUCUCGGGGAAGCCUUUAACUGUGGCAGUGGGACAGACUGUUGCUGGUGCAAAGGAGCUGUCUGGACUUUUGACAGGCCAGCGGUCUGGUAGCCUCUCAGAGGUGUCUGGUGCCCUGUCCCCAGGCUCCAGUUCAUUCAACAGUGUGCAGCCUUGCAUGAUGUCAGGGUCUUCCACACCCGUCCAGGUGCAAGCUCCAACUGCUGCCCAAGCACCUUCCGCCAGCAGUCUUCUACAAGGUCUAAGUUUCAGUCUUCAGGAGAUAGUCACCAAAAGUUCUAGCCUGCCCUCCACAGCAUCAGACUCAAGCAGCACUCAGGCAGUUUGUAGCAAAAGCCAGGGUCCGGUUCUGAGCUCCGUCAGUGCCAGCGGCAGCACUCUGCUGCGUGCAGUACCCGUGACCACCACAGGGGGAGCCGCUAAAACGACAGCCAUCCAUCAGCUGCUCACCAAUGGUGGCUUGGCCAAACUGGCAAGCAGCUUGCCUGGCUUGGCGCACAUCACCAGUCAGACCAGCGGAGGGCAAAAAGUGCCGACCUCUAUAACCGUGACCCUUCGAGGAGCACAGCCAAAUAGGGCAGGAUCUCUCAGCCAAGCUGGGGAAACUGUGACUGCAGCUCAAGCAGCUGAGCCCAAGCAGUGAAAUUCUUGGCCUCGCUGUUUCCAUGCGAGAGAAACAACAGACAUCCCAUGCUGCUGGGACUUCCUGAAGAAUGGACAAAACAUCAGGAAGAGUCAGUCCAUGAUGCCCUUGAGGUCUAUCCAGUGACUCUGCUGAACUUUUGAACUAACACGCCACUCUUGACCCGUUUUAGGAUUGCUCAAACUUUAUUCAUAAUCCUGAGCACAGGUGUACCACCGGGCUUUGUACUCAGCCCGGUUGUCUUCUUCUUAUUUAUAUUGUUUCCUCAUCCACUCCUCCAGUGCUAAUGGGGAGUUUGCUUUGAAUAGAUCAUUCCUAUAAUAAAUGCUACACUUUUGCAGACCAACCCACUUAACGAGAGUCACUUAGAACAGAUUUGGAACGCUACAUCCCAUUGCUGGGCUGUAUGCAUGAGUUGCAAAAUAAAAGAUAAAGCCUAAAGAAAUGUCUGUCCUAACCUUACCUGCUGAUCUGACCUGCUGUCUGAACAUCAUUGAUGUGAAAAAAAUUUACAAGUUAAGAAAAAUGUAAAGUAAUCCCAAAUAAAAUAGACUGUUGUGGAUUCUAUGGUAUGCUCUUUCUUCUUUGUCUUAGCAAAUGUCUUUGCACAGUUAACAGAUGAAACGUUGUGUUCUUUGUUUCUAGUUUUCAGUCCUUUUCCAAAUAAAGUGAUUUGCCUACA